GUCCGUCGCACCUGGACCACGUUCAUCCUAGAGACAUCACGAGUUCAUCGCCACGCCCAAGCCAUUUCCCGAUUGCCUCUACGCCGAUCAUGCACACCACGCUGCAGUCGCCGUUCCGCGGGUAUUGCUUGUACAAAACGGGCAAGUGCUUCAACGAGCGAGCGGUCAAAACGAACGGCCUCGCGCACAACCUGUGCAAGGACCACCGGGCAAAGCAGAACCUGAACCAACGGCGCAUGGACAACAAGAUGAGGCGGAAACGAGACCGGAGCUUCUCGCCGAACGAUCGACCUGCGGGCCCCCGAUCAAUACCGUCACCAUCGUACUCGACGUGCCCCCGUUCGCCGCCGCCACACUGUGAAAACGACCACUCGAUGCCGUCCCACCAGCACCCACCGUCGUGGAGAAGCGAGGACGAACGAGUUGUCGACUUUUGCAUCACGGUGCCCAUGCCACCAUGCUUACGCGGCCCCGACCGAGAAGCCGUUCGCGCCCGCGUCGUUGAAAAACUGUUCCAAGCGCUGGCACAAGACGAGCAAGUUAUGCAGACAGCCAACCGAUCCGCGUGGGACAUGGCCAUGCCGCCCAAGCUGCCGUCGCUUGCGUCGCGCCGGCUCAGUCAAUUCAUCAACACCCACAUCGUGUCGUAGCCAAAGCACAGAUGAUUUUGUCGUAAUUUAUCACUUGAGGACUUGCCAUGGGCAACUCACCA